AUGGUGUUUCUGCGACUACAAGUCAAGGUCUUUCCCCGGGAACAGGUCCCCUCAGGCCCAAGUUUUUUUCGGUCCAUCCUCGGCAAAGACAACGACCGCAGUCGCGAUGAGAACGGCCGAGGAAAUUUGGUAUCCGCAGGGGGCCGGUCGGCUUCGUUCUUGAUCGUAUUAAUGCAGCCCGAGGAAGUGACGCUGGGAGGGCUCGCGGGCAUGAUCCAGGAGAAAUGGAAAAAGCUUCACCCUACUCUGGAACCACUCGUGAUCAAGAAGCUCCUCGACGAUGCCAACGACACCGAGGACCUCGAUACCGAUCUGACUGUCGCCGAUGUCUUCGUGAACAUCGGCAAGGCCCGCGCAGAUGGCCUCGACCAGCGAGGCACAGUUUGCGUUAUUCAGAAGCCGACCACAGAGUCCCCGGUCUUGCGAUACCCCUCCGUGGACCUGGACUGGGAUGGAGCCGCGAAGAAGUUUGAGGAGAACAAGAUCAAGAAAGAAUCUAUUGCAUCCCAGUUCUCUCCUAUCCAGGAGGAAGAUGAGAGUUCUCGUCGCGCAUCUACCGCUCAUAUUUCGUCUGACCGUUCUUCUCCUGCCACCGAUAACGCGCAAGGUACUCCAGCGCAGGAGUCUCCCGUCAAGUCGCGGCAUCAUGACACACCCCUUCUUUCUGUCGAGGUCCAGAAUGGUCCGAUUGUCUCGAACGAACGUGCCGAGAGCGAGGAACUAGGCGAGUCGCCCUCUCCUUCAGAGCACCCCCAAAGCCGGUCUUCCAGUACGAAGUCCAAAUCUACCGCGGCAUCCAACAACCAGUUUUCAAAGGUGCAGACGAACGCUCCUCCGCGGAGAACGGUAACUACCAGACGAUCGAUCACGCAAAUGGCCGGCCCGGCCUCCACCCAGAAACGUGGGUCUGGGUCACUGUUUGGGACGCGCACCACCCCUCAAUGGCAGCGAACUCGAUCUGCGCAAAAGGCAACGGAGACCGCGAGCGAGGAGGAGGAUCAGAACGAAAGUGAAGAACAUGCCGUAGAAGAAAGUGGCUCAGAUGAGCACGACUCUGAUAUCCAAAUGCAGGCGGUGGAGGAGGAGGAGGAGGAUGAUGAUGAUGAUGACGAGGACGAGUAUCAUGCAGAGAGCGAAAGCGACGAUGGCAGCGAUGGCGAUAUCGUUAUGAAAGAGAACGGGGCACCCCGGCGCUUGGCUACUCCGGAUCAAGGGCCUGCGACUCGGUCUCGCAAGCGCAAACAGAGUGAGGAGCGCAGUACGCCGGCCAAGCAACCUCGUCUACAUGGCGCUGAUCCAUCGGCCCUUCACUUCACGGCCGAAUCCCCGAACCCUCCCAAGACCAUUCCGCCUCCUUCUAGUCCGUAUGGGAGACGGGAACGUGCCCCAUCAUUCUCGGGCCCAGGCCGCCGAUCCAGCAUUACUGGCCGGCCAUUGGAACCUCCCAAGUCUGGCCUGGGGCUGGGUAUCACGAAGAGUCCACCCAGAAACAAAAUGACCCAGGAUUCCUUCCAAGCUACGGACGUACCCUUGACCCAGAGUUCUCUCGGCACCCCUCUGUUCCCCAGUAGCGCACCUACUGCUACUCCUUCUACGAAUCAGGGCCUCAAGAAACCCAAACAUCUCCAGUCGGUACUGCGCACCGAUUCUCCCGCCAACAAGCGGCGAUCUGUCUCUUUUGCCGAUGAAGAAGAACCAUUUGCCAAUGGACCCGCGCCCCGAUCCACGCCCGCUGGGCCCCCGCUAUCCACAACCUCCCGAAGCACGCCGCCGUCAAUUCAGGGAACCCCCUCGGGGAGUCAGAUGGUUUACCCACCGGGUUAUUCUCCUGAAACAAUCAGCAAAAUUACCCAAGAGAUCGAGCAAAAGAAGCGACAAACGCAAGACAUAGAGCGCGAAGCGCAGUACCUGGAGCGCAAACUGAAGAACCGCAAAGCCGAUCCAAAAUAUCUCGACAUUGUGAGACAAAUGCGUGAUACUUGUACCAAUAUUGCGAAGCGUCGCAAGACUGGCCGUGUCUCAGAAGAACGCCAUAUUCAAUCACUGUUGGCGACCCUUUCGUCCCUGCGGAAUCAAAUGCGGGUUUAUGAAGAGAGGAGGAAGCCGUCUGCGUCGGUUUCGAAGUCGACGACUGCUAAGUCUGUUUCUAAGUCGCCUGCUGUGACGAAUGGAGAUGCUUCUCACCGCACUGCCUCGCCAAGCUCGGAUUCUGAGACUUCUUCUGAGAGUGAACCGGAAUCGGAAAGGUCGGAGAGUCCUGGGCCUCCUGCUCCUGCACCGGAGAAGUCGAGUCCGACAGCCAAGUCUCCUACCCCAGCGAGGAAAUCUCUCACUCCAGCGACGAAGCCUCCUACUCCAGCAGCCAAAUCUCCUACUCCAGUGAGGAAGUCUCCUACUCCCCGAAGAGCUAGUUCGACGGCUCCGGUGGAGAAGCCUCAUGCUCCGGCGAAAUCAUCCACGCCCGUACACAAAUCCCCUAUUCCAUCAGCCAAAUCCCCUAUCUUCGCACGGAAGUCUCCUGCUCUUGGGGCCAAAUCUCCAACCCCUGCAGCAAAAUCUCCCACGCCGACGUUUUCUCGUCGAGGAUCGCGAUCUGAAAAUGGCAUUGGCUCUCCAGCAGCCGCCACGGCGACUUCGCCCACUGCUGCUAAGUUGUUCACAAAAGCAUUACCUACGAUUUGGUCGCCACCCUCAGCUCAGCCCACUAGAAACCCAACUUCCCCAAAAGUUCUUCUGGAAACCGGUCGUCCGCGGCCCGCGACCCCACCUUCAGCAAAUGAGCCUCGUCUUCCGCCGUCGGGUGCCCGGGUUGCAAGAUCUAUUCCCGCAAAUGGUGGCUCACCCUGGACUACCGUGAACAAAUCUCCAACGUGGUCAUUUGACCAAUCCAAAAAUCAGCGCCGGGGCAGCAUCCAGAGUCCGACUAGCGCAGGUCCCAAGGUGACUGAGCAGGUCGGUUGCCAGCAAGAAAAGGUGGCGGAGAGUGUUGAGAUCUCGUCCAGCGAAGAUUCAGAAGAAUCUGAAUCUGAUUCCCAGUCGGAUGAGGAUUACCGGGAACCCCGUCAGACGCCUACGAAUAAUUUCUCCGCCCAACGUCGCGAUCCUCCAAUGUCCGCUCCACGACCCCAACCGAAUGGCGCACCAAGGUCCCCUGCUCUUCUGCCUCCCUUCCAGCCUACACCUAGACAGGUGCCAUCGCAGCCAGCCCUUGGUAGUCAUACUACGCUCAAGGGCCUCCUUGUCAAGGUCCGGGAGGAAACAGCUCGGAAACAGGACCCGGCUACUCAGACGGCCCCUCCGACCUCGCGCCGUGAUGUCUAUGAGGUACCCAGCUCGAGUGAAGACAAGGAAAGCAGUGAUGACAGCAGCAGUGAUAGUGACGGCAGCGAGCCGGACCAAGGCGACAUCCUGCCUAACGGGCAAUCCGCACUGCUGCACAAGCCUUACCCGAAGAGAGUCUAG